AUGGCGAAGUUUUGUAUUUUGGCCUACUUUUUUACGAUCCUCUUUACGGGAUGGAGCCCUGCCCUCGGCGAAGACGAACAAGCAAUAAUUAGCAACAGCAGAGAACCGAGGCAUUUAAAAGCCAAGCUAUGUCUCAAGCUCGGAAUAUGUGGUGAACAGCAGCAUCAAGGAGGGUAUAACAACCACCAAGGAGGAUACAAUAACCACCAAGGAGGUUAUGGUGGGCACCAAGGAGGAUACAAUAACUACCAAGGAGGUUACGGUGGUCACCAAGGAGGAUAUAGCGGCCACCAAGGAGGAUAUUACCCUCUCCCCCCGAUAAAUAUUGGUAUUAGUCAAUCCCAAGCAUCCGCAAGCUCUGGUGGUGGAGGUUUUGGCAGCUCAAGCUAUCCAAACAACUAUCAAUAUAAUGGAGGAUACCCAAGUCACGGAGGAUACAAUGGUCACAAGAGACCUGGUUACUUUGGAAAUGGUUUCGGUUCGUACAAUAAUCAGUUUAAUGGGAACUAUUAUGGGGGACAGCCAGGCCACUUAGGGCACUCAGGAGAUGGAGGGUAUGGUUUCCAAAGACCAUUUGGUUAUCACGACGCCUCGAGUGAAGAAGACUAUGAUAACUACAGUAGAUCGGCUAAAACGAAGGAAUAA